AUGGCUUCUGAAGAAGAGGAGGGGGAGCUGGAUGUUGAGCUUGACGCCACCGACGCGCACUUGACGCAUUUGGAGAAGCGGGUGAGGAUGUCUUCCUGCAUGGAGCUGGUGAAGUUUCAUGCCAGCCACAGUCCCAAAGAGGUCGAGGUCUUCCUCACUGCAGCCAAAGCCGAGCUCAGUGAGGUGCAGGCCAAGAAUUUUCUCUUCCAUACGUGGCUCAUACGAUGCUAUCACAACAUCAGGCAGGAAGAAGCACAGACCUUUGGCAGAGAGGAGCUCCCCCUGCAUCGCCGACGAGUGCUUCUGCGCAGCGGACCCGAGCGCUUCAGUGUCACACAGCUAGAGGUGCUGAACGAGCUCCUGCGCGAAGACGGAGCCCUGGGGCACGAGGUGGAGAUCCUGGGAAGCAAGCUGUCUGAAUGGAAGGGACAGAUGUGGUUGGCCUUGGCGGCCACUGCCCUUUGUGUAGGUCUGAUGUCCUUCCUAAGCUGGCGUUUGCUGGGACGUGAAGGAAUCAAUGCGAAGCAGCGACAUCGUGAGCGAAGGAAAGACAAAGGAAAAGAUAAAAAGAGUGCUCGCUCAGCAUUUCCCGAGCAACGAAAAUAA